AGAAUGAGGUUUUUCAUAAUGUUACAUAUGUUCAUACAUUAGUGUCAGGUAAGGACGAGUCUAUUAAGAGCCAUGAAGACUUAUCAUUGACCAUUUCAAGGACACCGCCGUCAAGUCCUCCCGCGGAUGGGCGCGUAAGUCGAAGCAAUAGUAAACCUUCGCUUCACAGUAGUAAGUCCACCACAUCCUUAUUCACGUCAGGAUCGCUGACGGUGGAGACUGAAUUUUAUUCACUUCGCUCCAAACGAAAAUCCGCGUUGAGCAAGAGUAGUUCACAUGGUUCUUUUAAUGAAAGAAAAGAAGAAGACAUCAGAAGAACAUUGAGAGCAAAUGUGGAUCAAAGGGGUUUAUUCGUUAAACCCAAAAGACCGGAGAGCGCCGAAACAGGUACGGACUCUGGUCCCAGCCCAAAUACGAUUCCAAAAAGACCGGAUAAAAAAUUACCGGAAAUUCCUAAAACCUUGUCAACUUCUAAAGCUGAUGUGUUACAAUCUCGUUCACCACAUAUGUGGCAAGCUUCCAGCAUUGCUAGUUCUUAUUAUGAAACUGCCAGCGGUUCAACUGCGACUUUGCAUACUGCCCCUCCUUCUCCCAUAACCGAAACCAGUGAAAGAACGCCCAAGAUACAGGUCAACGAAGUUAAUUCACCCGAAA